AUGACAGCGAGGGCAGCUGCCCUCCUACUUUGGGGGCCCUCGCUAGUCGCUCUCACCUUGCUAGCGCGACUCCAUGCUUCAAAUGCUGAAGAAGCCAUUCAAAUCAAGGAGGCUGGGUUGAUGACGGGCACCCUCACUAUGCUGGAUUUGCACGGAGAUGAAGAAGCAGGCGAGCCGCCGCUCUACUACCUUUACCACCAGACGGCCGAAGGCAGAUACACAAUCUACCGAACAAUUUUCUGCGCCAACGUGUCCAUGGAUAACAUCUUGAUGGGCGUUCAGUGGACUGUUGCGUACGACAACAUCACGGACGGCGUCAUGUACUCUUGCACAGCUCCUAUCAAUUCCUCGACACUCGAACCCUCAACGGAACUGGAAAGUCGGCACAGGCGCGUGCUGCUGGGCGAGUCCAUCACCACUCCCCGGGCACCCCGCAUUUUGGUGUACGUCACCACCUUCUGCGGCUACGCGGGGGGUCCCUCCACUAUGCCUGAGAAUGUAACCAACCUGUUUGUGGGCACCGGACCCCGGAAUCGCUCUCUGACAGCUUACUUCAGAACCUGCAGCUACGGCCAGAUUAGCCUGCUGCCAGAAAACAUCAAGGUGCUAGGGCCGGUGCAAGUGCCUUGCCAGGGCACCCUGAAGCCACCGGUUCCUUUCGCCAGCGGCGGCAACUUCACCACCCGAGCUUGCAACGAGUUAGACAACGUGUACAAAUGGCAUCACUGGCUUGAUGCCUGGGCGGCUGAAAACCACAAUGUCAAUGCGGAGGACUACCAUCACAGAAUUAUGCUCCUGCCCAAGAGCUUUUCGAUGAAGGUGCCGGGUCUUGCCACACUCGGUCGGUAUCUUAACGCGUCAACUGCCAUCAACAAGUGGGGCAGCGCAUUGGUCUGGUGGAAUGGGGACUAUGCUACUGAUCUGGAGCUGCUGCUGCAUGAGAUCGGUCACAACUACGGCAUGAUGCACGCCAAUAUCCCGGGUGGCUGCGAGCUAAGGGACCAAUGUGACCACACGUGCACCAUGGGGGCCGUUGGCGGCCAGGGCAUUCGCUGCCUGAAUGCGCCACAUAACUGGCAGGUUGGCUGGGGCAGGCCCUUCCUACGGCUCGGCGAUUCGGAGCUGUCUGUUGGCAGAGCUGUUGCCACCCGCAUCCCGCCCCAGCUGAAUACAACAGACAGCUCCGUCAUGGUUACGGGAAGUGGCAUGCCCCCCAACAUGAAGAUCUUCAUCUCAGCGCGUCUCAACGUCUACCCCUACGACUUGCCCUGGAAGUUCUGGGAAGACAGCAGGCGCUUGCUCCUCAUCCACACAUACGAUGGCACGGACAAGACGCCUAGCGCGCCAACGGUCUUGGCAGCCGAGAUAGGAGUCGGGGAAACUUGGCGUGACCCCGCCAGCCGCCUUGUGGUGCGGUUUGAUUCCUGGAGCGAUCUUACGGGUGCUGCGGUGCGAAUCUGUCGCCGUGUUUUCGAAACCGAGGUUAACUGCCGCAACGGUCUGGAUGACGACUGCGAUUUCUUGCUGGACGAUGAGGACCCAGAUUGCGACGUCAGCUACGCCAGCAUGAGGGACCCCAGCAUGCGGGCUCCGCCGAUGCUGUCACCGCGGCCAAGGCAGUCGUCACCGAAGCCAUCACCGCUGCCGCCAACACCGAACCCGCCCCCCCCACCGCUUCCAUCUAAACCGCCACCGCCUGCGCCCCGACGCGCCAUCAGCCCUAGGACAGCGCCACCGCCGCGAUCACCUCCUGUGGCUUCGGGCACACCGCCGGCCAGCUCACCUUCACCUAGGCCCACGCCUGCUGUCCCCACAGCCACAAUUUCUUCACGUCCAAACAACCAUGAGCCGCUUGCGCCCUCCCCGCCACCCCCACCGCCGCCACCCCCACCGCCGCCGCCGCCACCGCUUGGCACAUACCCUUAA